AUGGUCAUUGCCUUAGAAUGCAACAGGAUCAUCAACCAGCUCAAGACCUGCUUUCCUUACCCUGUGUUUGUCCACCACGAGACCGUGGAACAUUAUGUUGACCUCUGCGCUCUGGAGAGUGAAUACGUCGACCCUAAAUACGACUUCAAGAGGGAACAAGUGACCUUCCUGGAAGAAGAUGAAGACCCGACAGGAACACCAAUAACGCCGAUGUCAUUUGGGAAGUCCCAAUGCUGUCGGUGUCUUAUUCCUCCGUUAUCAGAAAUAGGCAAUUCUAUUAAUUAUCAACAACUACUGAGGUUAUCCAAGGGCGGCAGCGGGCAGGAACGCAGGAAUUACUACGAUGUUCUUCAGCUCACCCCUAAGGCUACACAAUCGCAGGUGAAAAAUGCCUAUUACAACUUAUCAAAAACCUAUCAUCCUGACCAGUAUAAAGGAGCAGAAGAUGCUUCUCUCAAGUUCCGAGAGAUAACAGAAGCCUAUGAAGUUCUGGGAAAUUUUCAUAAGAGGAAGAUGUAUGACAGGGGAAUUUUUACUAUUUCAACAGCUGCAACACCAGCUGAAGCUGAGGAGUAUUCUGCCAAAUUUUAUGAAUCACGAAGAAAGAAAGGCUAUGCUCCAACCUCAACAGGACGUACUCCUAUUUUUAACUUUGAUGAAUGGUCAAAGGCUCACUAUGAUCACAGUCGUGUGAGAAGAGAAGAUGCAAAAAUACGCUACGAGAAACAAUUGAAAAAGAGAUUGGAGCAAGCUGAAGGGAAGAAGACAGACAUUGUUGUCACUCUUUUCAUAUUUGGAGUAAUUUUUAUGAUAUUAUAUUCAUCAACUCAGCAAGAUCUUGACACAGGUAAACAUAAAGGUAAAUAACAAUAGUCUUGGUAUACAUGUUAUAGUAUUCUUAAUUUGAAAUGUACGUACAUGAAAAUUUUAUAUAAUGCUGUACCUGUAUAAUGUAUAUAUUAUAUUUUGGGGGGACAAUCUUUUGAUGGAAGAAAUAUUAGCCAUGCAAUAAUAAAAUUUCACCUUAUGAAAUUAAUAAACCUCACAUUGAUUACUGGAUAUUUUCAUGUUGAGUUAAAAGUACAGUACAGUACUGUACUUUACUGUAAACUCAUAAAAUAAAUUUGUAUACAUGUUCUGAGAAUGAAAAAUAUGUUUGUGCUAAUUUGCUCUAACACAAAAAUUGUAUGCGAGGGUAGGUUUGUAAAUAGUGACACUGCU